GGUGGAGCGCUUUUCUGAGCUCCAUACAGGACAGUCAUGGAGUCAAGAAGUCGCCUUUUUGGUCAUACCUCUCUCAUAUAUAUAGGCCUAAAGUAUUGCCCCUUUCUAAAUUGGUAUCGGAUUUAGCAAAAAUAACGGAGGAAUUAGGGAAAUUUUGCUCAAAACAGUUUCAACAACUAAGCACAGAUAAACGCAGUGGGAGUGAUGUUGAAAUAGCGGAGGAGUUUAAAGAAAUUUUAAUUAAACUACAUAAUUGUAGCGAUUUAAUUCAACCCAUCUCUGUUCUAGAACUAAAUAAAUAUAUCCAUAACUUAAAAUCAAAAAAGUCGUCCGGAUGGGAUGGGGUAUCAAAUUUUAUGUUAAAAUUACUUCCGCCCGCCUAUGUAGAAUGUCUAACUAGCUGUUUUAAUGAAUGGCUCAAAAACCGUGUAUCCUCAGAAGACUGGAAAUCAGCUAAAAUCGUUACCUUGAAUAAGUUGAAGACAGCCGUUCUGUCUUUCAAGCCGACGCGGCCUAUUUCUCUGUUAGCAACACAUUCAAAAAUUUAUGAGAACUGCCUGCUUCAAACCAGAAUUAUCUCUUUGCACCAACAAAUCCAAAACAAUUUAGCAGGUAACAUCCCAACCCUAGCUGUGUACUUUGAUUACAAAAAAGCAUAUGAUAUGGUGUGGUAUGUAGGACUUAUAGUUAAGCUCUUCAGAUUAGGCAUGCCACCGUAUCUAUUAAAGUUGAUUUUAUUCUGGCUGCAAGGGAGAAAAGCCUAUGGUUUUAAGUGAGUUUACGUCGAAAAUUUUUGAGUUACAUCAGGGUCUACCUCAAGGUAGCUCACUUAGUCCAUUUCUUUUUAUUAUUUUUCAUUCAGAUUUAGUGUUAAGAGUUGAAGCAAACGUAGCUCACAUUGUUGCUGAUGAUCUAGCAGUCUUAGUUUCGUCUCCAGUUAACGUCGAUCUACGUGCAAUGUUAGUUUAUUUAAGUAAAGAGGGCUCGAAAAAUUUAUCACGAUAUGUACUAUUAUCAACGCCUUUAUGGCGAUAUAUGGCUUCGUAG